GAGCAUUUUCCUUUCAGCAAAGUUGGAACGUAUGAGAGGUUGCUUCUGGUCGACGAAUUCAUCCGUCCACUUUCUUCUUCUUCGGACUGUCGCCGUGCCAUCUCCGAUUCCGUUCCUCUUCCUUCAACCUGCCCGUCGCCGCCGAUACAACCAUCGGAACUUCCCAAUAGACGACCGGACAUUCCUCCAAGCCGCUGCCGCCUCUGGCCCUCCGAUGGACCCUAUCAUGAAGAGCGGCGGCAACAACGAGAUCAAGCUGAACGAAGAGAAAAAGGAAUCGAAGACGACGCAAGCGGCCGAAUGCUCUUCCCCGUUGUCGGAUCUGCCUCCCCAGCCACCUGAGAAGCCUGAGCCAGGCGAUUGCUGUGGGAACGGUUGCUUCCCUUGCGUUUGGGAUUUGUAUUACGAGGAACUUGAAGCGUAUACAAAGAAUCUCGAAGCUUACAACGAUAGAGUCUCUUCCAAACAAAAAUAAGAUCAUUUGCCGCGCUGUGAAGGUGCCUUUGUCCCCCUCAAAAAUUACCUUCUUUUGAUACCCUAAGCUUCAAGAGUGAUGAAAUCAAUUUGUUAUCGAGCUGGUUGUUUAUCUUUGAUUGUUGAUUAUUCAAGAAGUUCCUGUCUUUUAUUGGGAAUUCGUUAUUUUUUGGACCAGCUUGUUAUUAGUGUAUCAACUUUGAAAAAUUUUAUUUUCUAAAAAUUUCAACUGUUUGUAAUGUUUCGUAUUGGAUGUCAACUAAAACUACUUAGUGGAGCUCCUUGCACAGAUGAUUGAAGAACAAUGCUGGUGAAUUUCUUGAAUUCUCAACAGGAAUAAAUGUUAAGAAAGGUGCAACGUA